GCAACCUCUUCCUUCUCUGGCGCCGUCGUCCUCCGGGAACCCAUGCCAACCGGCCAUGCAGCAGCUGGUUCCCGUCUGUGGUGUCCGCAUUGUACUCUAAUCUAUCGAAUUAGGCACCCUAUCGAGUUUGGGCGAAUGCACCAGACUAGUGAUAACACCUCCGUUCAACGCACCGUACCAAUUCCCGGAUCCCAGGGCUGGACCCAUAUCGCCGCCCCUCCCGCGACGCUGGCCUAUCCCGUGACGAGGUUUAAAUAGGAACGUCCAGCCAGUGCGAAACCAUCAGUUUGAAACUGUCCAUCGUCCAGUGUACUCGUCCCCGUCUGUCGCUUGCAACACUACCACCCAAAAUGACCCUCAAGUCCGAUGCCGUCUUCCAGCGCAUUGCCAAGCGCAUGGAAACGAUUGACCCGAACAACCGCCAGGUGCAGCAGAUUUACAAGUUCCACAUCCAGCAGGGCGGCAAGACCGUCAAGACCUGGGUGCUCGACCUGAAGGCCUGCAAGCUGACCGAGGGGGAGGGCACCGCGGAGGCCACCCUUACCUUGGACGACGAGAUCAUGUUCGCCCUCGGCACCGGUGCCAUGCCGGCCAAGGAGGCCCUGGCCCAGGACAAGCUGGACGUAGAGGGACAGGUUGAGCUGAUCUUCCUGCUGGAGCCGUUCAUCGCUUCACUGAAGUAGAUGCGCCGUACGGGCAGCAAACAGAGCUUGGUUAACUUAUUCUGCACCAUUCACCAACACUACGCAGCACAAAUUCGAAACGAAAGAUUCCUUAUUAUCGUUAUUGUUUCUGUUGGGCAUCGCCGCGCCUCCAUCGUGCCGGUCUUGUUAAUGUUUUUUUUUAUGUGUCUUAAAUUAUUGUUGUCAACCACCACUGGUGCAACAUUUGCACCGGUAGUGGCUGCAGCCCACCACCAAUUGCCGCGAAUGUUACGGUGGUAUUGUCACUAAUACCACCGUAACAUUGGCGGUCCGGUUCUGGGACUCCGUACGCAACCAACAUCGUACCAUCCGCGCUGUACGGAAGAAUGACCAUUAAAU